UUGGUGACUUGAGUGCUCUUUUGCAAUACCAUAGAGAAGAAUUAUUAUUUGGAAGCUUCAUAUUUACGCUAUUCUCUUGAAACAGCAAAAGAAAGUAACAUAAUGGGUGCUUUCAUGGUUCUCAACAAGUUCACUCUUCUCUUCCUCCUUGCUUCAACUGCAUUUCUGUCACCAUCUUCUGCAGGUCGACGAUCCAUGUUUUUGGACAAGUUGGCCAACCAAGUGGAUGCUACUAUUUAUGAGGAAUUAUCAAGUAAACCAUUAAACCUUGAUGAAGCAAGUAUCAUCCACGAAAGGAUUCUGAGAGCUAACACCAAAGACUAUGGAACCUAUGAUCCUGCACCAGCUCUCGUUAAGCCUCCUUUCAAGCUUAUACCAAACUGAAGGUUUUAACCAUGAAGGGCUGCUGAGUCCAAGCACUUACUAGUAUAUAUAUUAUAUAAAUAUAUUUAAAUAAAUCAAGAAAGAUCUUUCCACUAUCAAUAUAUACACCAAAUU